UUCCUUUGUGACUCUGUAUCUAUAGUACAAAGCAUAUAUCAAAAUAAAAUAUUAAUUACAAACUGUACAAUUAAUAAUAUUUCGCGGAGAAUAUGAUACCAUUGAAUGAAGCUUGUGUUCGCAAAAAUUAUACUAUUUUUCUCUUUAACGUGUAAUCACAUGGUCUAGGAGAAACUAGUUGAGAACACCCAACGUUGAAAUUGAUGCGUUCGCUUUUAGUUGUUUGAUAAUGUGAAGUUUUUAUCCGCCUUUUAUAUAUUCAUUUUAUCACGAUUUUAUCUUUAAGGUGCAAUGAACUUUGUUACUCGUUCGGUUUUAAGUACACAUGAGAGGUAUUUCUAAAUCAGUGGUUAUCAGAGUGUAAGAAUUCGUCGUCAAACUCUGUAAUCGUAUUUAAAAAAUAAAGGAUACAUUUCCAGUUUUAAUUGUGCAGACAGUUUAAUUUAUCUGCAAUUUGUUGCGCAUACAAAUGUUUCACGAUGGAACUGCCGAUUAAUUGUACUGUCACAAAUGACACAUUCAUACUAUGGAAGUUUUAAUAUUCUUUCGUUUAUACGUAUGUGUAUAAGUACAUGUAUCAAUUUGUUCAAGAGAAUUUCUUAAUUAUUUAAAUAUGGCAUGGACACAUUAUCAAUGCAUUUUGGCUCUACUCAUGGUUGUUUCUGGGUCAUUUAAUACUUUGUCUGUCAAAUACGCGGAUAGACAAGUCAUAAAAGGUGAAGAUGGACAGCCCAGGCAUUUCAAUCAUCCUUUUAUGCAAUCUUCUUUCAUGUUUAUAGGAGAAAUGCUAUGUCUAGUUGUAUUUAAAGUUGUAUAUAAUUAUUAUAGUCGCAGGGAUGAUGGCUCCGUAGAUAACAAUCGUUUAACUAAAGGAUCACGCGUGUUUAAUCCUUUGAUCCUGUUCAUUCCUGCAUUAUGCGAUACAUGUGCUACUUCUCUCAUGUACAUUGGCUUAAAUAUGACCUAUGCAAGUAGUUUCCAAAUGUUACGUGGUGCUGUUAUAAUAUUCACAGCUAUACUUUCAAUGGGUUAUCUAAAUAGAAAACUUGAGAGUAGAGAAUGGAUUGGUAUAGGUAUGGUUAUAGUUGGUUUAGCUCUUGUCGGACUCAGUGAUAUAGUAACUAUGGAAGAUUCUGAUAUGGGCACAAAUUCUAUUAUAACUGGGGAUUUGCUUGUUAUAUGUGCACAGGUCAUAACAGCUGUCCAAAUGGUGGUGGAAGAAAAGUUUGUGGUUGGUGAAAACAUACCAGCAUUACAAGCAGUUGGUUGGGAGGGUAUUUUUGGAUUCAUUGCAGUGUGUAUAAUUAUGAUUCCUCUGAACUUUAUACAUGCUCCACCCCCAUUUGCAGACAACUCUCAAGGUACACUUGAAGCCACCAAAGAUGCGUUCGUCCAGAUUGGAAAUAGUGGUCAUUUGCUGACAGCAAUACUUGGUAUUACGUUCAGUAUAGCAUUCUUUAACUUCGCGGGUAUCAGCGUUACCAAAGAAAUGAGUGCUACUACAAGAAUGAUUUUAGAUAGCGCUCGAACUGUUGUUAUUUGGGGUUUCUCUUUGGCGCUUAAAUGGCAAUCAUUCCAUUAUUUGCAACUUAUUGGCUUCUCCAUUCUGCUUACUGGAAUGUCGUGCUACAAUAAUAUUGUUGUUCCACAAUUGGCAAGGAAAUGUAUAUAUUAUCUAGGUCGCCACAGACCACCGCCAAGUGACAGGAUCAUAAUAAAUACAGCCGCUGAUGAUCUCCCAGACACUCAAUAAAACCGAUAUUUUUCUUCAA